AUGUCCUACCCACAGUUCUUCCAGCAGCCCUUCCGCUACAUGCGAUGGGCAUCACACGAGAGACCAGCGAUCUUCUACUCCUUCGUCAUUGGAACCGGCGGGCCACUGUCCCUAGUCAUUGCGCCGCCAAUCCGGAGAUACUUUAACGAUGGGCCAAGAGAAAAAAUACCGAUGACAUACCCAGUACCGUCGGGUCCAAGGAAGAUACCAGAGGGCUAUGAUGACUAG